GCUCAGAUAGAUCAGUCAGAAGCUUUGUCGUGACACGACCCUUUCCAGCCAAGCACAGGUACUAUUUUGAAAACAUCUAGUAGUCAUCUACUACAGACGAAUUUACACAUAACUUUACGCUCCUCUUCACUAGCACAAAACGUAUCGCCAUCGGCCUGCUCCUGUAGUAGUACAACUCACCGUAAUAAAAGCUGUUUGUAGUACGACGUAAGUUUUCAGAAAAUCAUACUUGCACCUUUAUUUUUGCUCGUUCCAUUUGAAAGGAAAAAGCAUCAAAUAUCGUAAGAAAAAGUGUUGACGUUACGGUUUUCAGUUUUCUGGAAAAAGAAAUUUUUGUGGGUACUGAGCACCACCAUUUUAAUUUUUUUUUUUCUCGCCGCCGCGCAGCCUCCCUAUUUGCCCUUGCGGGGCUCUGAAGUGGUAAAACUCUGGGCGAAGAAGCUAGUGCACAAGAUGCGAAAACUAUGGGGCCCGGCCACAAGAUUGCGCCCCUUCAAACUCUGAGAUGGCUGCCCAAUCCCUGUUCGGGCUCAAGGGCCAUGAUGGCUCUAGGCCGGCGGGCCAGGUCCGCGGCACUGCUGACAAGACCCGCCCGCCAAAGCGUCGCAACGAUCGGCGCCGGGGAUGGGCCUGCUUGGAUGGCGGAAUAUGGAUCAUACCGUGCUGUCUGGAUAUGAUGUUGACGGUUUUUCCGAGUAUGGGAAAAAUCCGAGGAAAAAAUCCACAAUUUGACGCCAUUUCGAGGCGAAAAAUUGCAAAUCCCGAAAGAACCGUCAACACCUUAUCUAGACAGCAUGGUAUGAUCCAUUUCCCUUCACUCGAACAGGUGCAAGCACGGGAGCACACUUUUUGGGCAGACAAAUCGAGCAUAGCGUGCUGUCUAAAAGGGGUGUUGACGGUUUUUGGGGUCAUUUUCAUACAGAGCAGCAGGCUUUCGGCAGGGUGAAUCGAUCAUACCGUCGUGCCUAGCGAAGGUGUUGACGGUUUUUCGGGUGCCGGCAAAUUUUGGGCAUUUUGGUACCCAAAAUUUGCCCAUUUCCCUCAUCCUCGAAAGUGCCACCUUUUCUUCAAUCAUGGAGAAAAUUUGACAAGAGGUCCCAAAAGGUCCGUGAUAGAAACUUGCAAAGCCGCACAGAGCUGAACUGGCGGAAACGCCAUCCAGAUGCCAGCUCGUAGGCCCACAUGUCCGAGGUUUAGCCACGGCUCGCGGUUUGGGCGUUCUGGCCCGGAUCUGAGAGCCGGCGGCGAGGAGAAGGCACGGCAGGAGGUGGUCCCGGUCGGCGAAGUCCUACGCCGUUAUACUUUGUGCACUAGCUAGGUCAAACCAAGUGAACGACUUCGCAGUCCCGCGAGGGCUAAUAAGGGGAACGGGCCGCCUUACAAAUCAAAAACAUGCCUCCGAUACACGCCCAAAAAAAAUUUUUUACAACAAACUGAAAACCGUAACGUCAACACUUUUCACCUUUAUUUUUGCUCGUUCCAUUUGAAAGGAAAAAGCAUCAAAAUGUUGCGCAGCUCCAUGGUCCUCUUCUCCACCUCCCGCGGAGGUGCAGUGUUUAUUUCUCUACUUUGCGCUGUUUUAAUAUUCGCCGGGCAACAUUACAACAAAUCCGUCCACGCUGUCACGUUGCGUCCGUCCUCUGCCCCCUCGUCGUCGGGUUCAGAAGAUCCUGACCUUCCGCUCGAGUACGAGUUCGUCGAAGACGAUGAUCAGCUCCAGGCGCUCCGGCGCCAAUUCCCCGGCUACGUGUUCGUGGAACAGGAUGUGGACGAGGGCAUCUAUAUAUUGUCAGAAAUGGCCAUCUUUUGGUAA